GAGGGGUUGGGGGACGUUGGGUGAGUGGGGCUGGCAAGCUAGCUGAAGGCAGUCUCUCUUUCCUGCAAGGGGCCUCCCUUAUUUGAGCUUUCUCUGUGCCUGAUGUUCUGCCUGGCUCUUCCCGCUGCCAGGACUUCUUGAACAGGGAGCAGAUGAUCACCCAAACCCAGCAGGUGCCUCCCAGCAAGGGCAAUGCCAAGUUGCAGAAGGAUUUGCCUGACAGAGCCCUCAAAUGUAUCCAUUAUUGCUACGUUGGCAGGUUGUCUUUAAGAGACCAUGACCUCUCCUGCAGGGUCUCAUUCUUGUCUUAUCCAGGGACAUUUUUGCUUCUUUCUCCUUUCCAGUGCACAUGUCCACCCCAUCCCCCUUUCAGGGGCAGAAGUAGGAGAAGAGCUGCUGGAAACAGCUUGUUUUCUACCAUCGCAAUAAUAGGUUCUGGGGAAAAGGCUGGAGGAGAGAAGCCCUCCUUUUCACCCUGCUAAUAAUCCCCAGCAGACACAUACCUUUAUGGCUUAAGUUCCUACUCUUGGCAGCAUACCAGGCACCGCUGUUAAAGGAACUCCUCGUUCCUGUGGGGGGCCCUGGGUGACCCUGAUGACGACAGCUCAGCUUGACCAGAGCUCCCUGUGAGGGGCUAACCAACCACGGUAGCAGAGGCAGCAGGCCGUGCCGGGGGGGCAUGUUGCUGUAACCAGUGGCCCAGGGGAUGUUACGGUGGACAGUGCACCUGGAGGGCGGGCCCCGCAGGGUGAACCACGCAGCAGUGGCUGUCGGGCACCGGGUCUACUCCUUCGGGGGUUACUGCUCUGGUGAAGACUAUGAGACACUGCGUCAGAUUGAUGUGCACAUUUUCAACGCAGUAUCCUUGCGGUGGACAAAGCUGCCCCCGGUGAGGCCUGCCACCCGUGGACAGGCUCCUGUGGUACCCUACAUGCGGUAUGGACACUCAACCGUCCUCAUCGACGACACAGUCUUCCUUUGGGGUGGGAGGAAUGACACCGAAGGGGCCUGCAAUGUGCUGUAUGCCUUUGACGUCAAUACUCAUAAGUGGUCCACACCCCGAGUGUCAGGGACAGUUCCUGGGGCCCGGGAUGGACAUUCGGCUUGUGUCCUGGGCAAGACCAUGUACAUUUUUGGGGGCUACGAGCAGCUGGCGGACUGUUUUUCCAAUGACAUUCACAAGCUAGACACCAAUACCAUGACAUGGACGCUUAUCUGUACAAAGGGCAACCCUGCGCGCUGGAGGGACUUCCAUUCAGCCACCAUGCUGGGCAGUCACAUGUAUGUCUUUGGGGGCCGCGCUGACCGCUUUGGGCCGUUCCAUUCUAACAAUGAGAUUUACUGCAACCGCAUCCGCGUCUUUGACACCAGAACCGAGGCCUGGUUGGACUGUCCACCCACCCCAGUGCUGCCUGAGGGGCGCCGGAGCCACUCAGCCUUUGGUUACAAUGGGGAGCUAUAUAUUUUUGGUGGCUAUAAUGCAAGGCUGAACCGGCAUUUCCAUGACCUCUGGAAGUUUAACCCCGUGUCCUUUACCUGGAAGAAGAUUGAACCGAAGGGGAAGGGGCCAUGUCCCCGCCGGCGCCAGUGCUGCUGUAUUGUUGGUGACAAGAUUGUCCUCUUUGGGGGUACCAGUCCGUCUCCUGAGGAAGGCCUGGGAGAUGAGUUUGACCUCAUAGAUCAUUCUGACUUACACAUUUUGGACUUUAGCCCUAGUCUGAAGACCCUGUGCAAAUUGGCUGUGAUUCAGUACAACCUGGACCAGUCCUGUUUGCCUCAUGACAUCAGGUACAGCAUGUGACUGGGAAGGAGGGACUGGUUGGAGGCAAGUGGGGCAGCACAGGUAUGACCUGGUUAGCUUGGUCUCAGUUUUCAUUCUGCUGGAAGUGUAGUAUGCUUAUGGGGAAUAAGCUGGAAGGAGAUGAAGUUACAACCAUCAUACAAUGAAACUGCCAGGUGGUAAAUUACAUGAAAAAAAAUUAAUCCAGUUUUUCAGACCAAGUUCAGUUCCUGAAACGUGUGCCUAUGCAGUUGAUUUUCUUAACAUGCUGAGAAGAUUUGAUUAAAUUUUAGAACCUAGCUGCAAAGUAAAGAUAAGUUCAGAAGCCUCUGGAUCAAAUUAGUUCCAAAUUAAGGGUGGCCCAUCUCUUCUUCCCUUUGAAUUCUAUUCUUAGGUCCCAGUCAAGCACCAAAAGUUACUUGGUGUGUAAUUAUGUCUGUUUGGAUCAUUCUGCUAUACUUUCCUCUUUGUACCAGUUCAGUUUAACUCUUACUGUAAAGGUCAGUGUGUUCAGUAUUUGGUGCCAUGGAGUGUACAAGGCUGGACUCAUGGGUCUGGGUCCUACGCUUGCCCAAGUUGACACUUGUACCGGUACCUAAUACCAGGUAGACUGUGGGGAGGGUCUUGGCAUGAGGAGGUACUUGGUAAAUCUUUGCAGGAUGAAAGAAUUGUCAAACAGAGAUGGAUUAAUUUGAAUAUGGUGGGAUGGGUGGGGAAGGCCUCAGGAAAAGUAGGAGAUCUGAGUCAGGGCCUUCAGAGGGUGGGAGUUGAGAGCAAAAAAGGAAAUUCUUGGGGUGAGGUGGAGAGGCUGCCUGGUUGAACCUGAGGAAAGCAGGCAAGGUAGGUCAGGGUGUUUGUUAAUAUGUGUACUCAUAUGCUUUUCCCCAGGUGCUUGGACACAAGAAUGUAUAUAGAAAUAAACAGGAAAUCCACAUGGACUUAGAUGUGGAGGAAUAAAUGGGUGGCAUUGGAUUUUGUGGUGGGUGGGGUCUGAUUGUUAAACCUAGUAGGGCUGUAAGGAGGAGGUGGCUAUGAUGGUUGAGCUUUAGCAAGGUGAAGGGACUGCUGUGUUUAUAGAAAGUAGUUACGGGCUUGGAGAUGGGACCUCCCCCUUCUCUUGUCCUUUCUGCCUGUCAUUUUUGGCCUUCCAGGUGGGAGCUGAAUGCCAUGACCACCAACAGCAAUAUCAGUCGCCCCAUCGUCUCCUCCCAUGGGUAGGAGGAAGUUUCUGCUGCCUCCCCUCCUGAGCCUGCUGUUAUCUUCACUACCCCUGCCUAUCUCUCACCUGCCUGCCCCUUCGGACCCCGGACUCCAUAUACCUCCACGUGGAGUUGUUGGACUAGAGGUGUUUUCUGUGCUGUGAACUCAGUGGGGAGCUGUUGGGGGGAGGGCUAGGCCUCUCCCCCUUGGGGCCGGAAGGCCCCUUCCCUUGGUGCUCUGUCCCAUUCACACCCCUCCAACUGUUCCUGGGCCUCUGCUCUGCCCCCAGGCCAGCCAGGCUCUGCUCAGAAGGGAAGGGAAUGGGGAAAAGGGAGAAGCAAUCAGGGUCUGAGCCUCAGGCGGUCCCCCCUACUCCUACUCCCCCCCACCGCUUGAGCAGUGAGCAUUGACUGGGAGCCCAGAGGAGUUGCAGCUGUUGGCAUGAAACAACCUUCUCCCCGACCUGGGGAGGCGGGACCAGCAGAUAAUCCCACCCUUCCCUGCCUGAGCUGUUGUACCCUGAAGCUCAGCCAGCUCAGAUUUUAUAAAAAUUAAAAACCUCAAAAUGUGUGAUCUGUUUUUGUGGAGUACGAUGGGAAUGUCAGGAGUUUGCAGUGGGAGCAGGGCGCUGAGAAGGGGCACCCCUUAAGUUCUGGCUUCUCAGCCAAGACAUUAGGAAACCACGUCACCAAGGCCAGGCCUAGCUCUUGGGCUCAGAGUCCACAACCCUGCGAGCCCCGUGACUCGUAAAAAGACUGCAGCGUUAUCCCUGGAGUCGGCUCUCUGUUUGGCCUAGGGCAUCCCUCCGGCCCUACCCAGCCUCUCUCAGCCUCGCUCUCGGGUGUCCCCUUCCUCCUCGCCUUCGGUUCGUCGUAAACA